CUAUUCUCCAAUAAAAAUCACAAAAUUGUCUUACACCCACUUUAUUGUCUCCUUCUCCGGCCAGCUUCUACCUAGCGCCAUGUCCAAAACCACCAAAGUCUUCACUUUCUUCGUCUUCCUCUUGCUUGUUCUUCUUCCAGCCCUAGUUGUUUCAGAGUGUAACUGUACAUGCGAUAAAGAAGACGAAGUCGUUGGCGACAAAGCCAGGGCUUUUAGGUAUAAAUUUGCAGCCAUAGCUUCAAUACUCUUUGCGAGUGUCAUCGGAGUUUUGAUUCCGGUCAUCGGAAAGUUUGUCUCAUUCUUAAGUCCUGAUAGGGACUUCUUCUUCUUCAUCAAGGCCUUUGCCGCCGGCGUCAUAUUGUCCACCGGAUUCAUUCACGUCCUUCCCGACGCGUUCGAGAACUUGAAGUCUCCUUGCUUGAGCGAACAUCCAUGGGCAGACUUUCCCUUCACUGGUUUUGUAGCCAUGUGUGCUGCCAUGGGAACCCUAAUGGUGGAUGCUUUCGCCACUGCGUAUUUCAAGAAAGUUCAUAUGAUUGAGGAACAAACAGGACACGAGGGACAUGUUCAUCUUCAUCAUACUCACGCAACAAAUAAUGGUCAUGCUCAUGGGUCCUCAGAUUCAUCUCAGCUUCUUCGUCACAGAGUCAUAUCACAGGUGUUGGAGGUGGGGAUAAUAGUGCAUUCGGUGAUCAUAGGAAUAGGUUUGGGAGCAUCUGAGGAUGCAAAACACAUAAAGCCUCUGGUGGCUGCUUUAACGUUUCAUCAAUUCUUUGAAGGAAUGGGUCUUGGAAGCUGUAUCACUCAGGCAAAAUUCAAGAACAACGCUACAGUAAUUAUGGGAUUGUUCUUUGCUCUGACUACCCCAGUAGGAAUAGGAAUUGGUAUGGCAAUUAGCAGCAGAUACGAAGAGAAUAGUCAAAAAGCUCUUAUUAUCGAAGGAAUAUUUAACGCAGCGUCGGCAGGAAUCUUAAUAUAUAUGGCACUUGUUGAUCUUUUAGCUGCAGAUUUUACAACUGAAAGAUUUCAAAACAGCACUUAUCUUCAACUGGGAGCAAAUAUUUCUCUACUUUUGGGUGCUGGUUUGAUGUCUGCUUUAGCUUAUUGGGCUUGACUUUUAACUAUUUGUAAUAUUUUUAAGUGAUUAAUAUUUAUAUCCAUUGCAACUUUUAUAAGUUAAAAA